UCUGUUUCUGUAUAUAUUGGAAGUAUAAUCAGUGAUUGAGGAUUGAAGUCAUAGAAAGUAACUUUCAAGAAAUGCGCUACGGUUAGGCAUGCAGACGGUUUUGUUCCUACUAAAGUGAUAUCUGAAGUAGUAUUAGCUGUUAAGUUUACGCCUAGUUAAGUCCUCAGUAUAUAAAUCUCAUAAUUGAAUUUUAGAAGCGUUAAUCAAAACUUCGCCCUAUUAUUGACCUUUUCAUCCAGGAAAGUUUUGUAUUUAGUCAUUUUGCAAAUGUCGGACUCAGACUCAUCAUGUGAUGUCCAAGAAAUUUUAGCCUGUCCCGGGUUGUAUGAAGAAAUUACACAUGAAAAGAAACAUGUAUAUAAUAAGUCAGCUCUUAUAAAUACUCUCAGUAGUAUCAGAAAAAGUCUCCCAUGGAUUGAGCGACUAGAUGUCACAUGUUCGGCAGCUCCAGCUCAAAAAGAUUUAGAUUUGGACGACUUACAGCAUAUCGAUCCAGAUGAUGAUUUUAAACGUGAAAACCUUUUUUAUCGUGUAGCUCAGUCUGCAGUGCUUAAAGCUAUACCUCAAUUACACGCUUUAGAUGUACCGACUAAACGUCCAUCUGAUUACUUUGCAGAAAUGGUCAAAACAGAUGAUCACAUGACAAAGGUUAAAAAAUAUCUAAUUGAAACUAAACAAAAAUUAGCAUUACGUGAACGUGCUAGACAAAUAAGAGAACGACGUAAAUUUGGUAAACAAGUUCAACAGGCUGUUAAUCAAACACGUAAAGAAGGAAAACGUAAACUAACAGAAGCUGUAAAGAGUACAUGGAAGAAAACUGGAAUUAAUCGUGAAGAGAAACUGGAACAAAUAUUAAAUGAAUUUAAAAAAGAUUAUGAAUCGAAAAAUGAUAAAUCUAAUGUGAAAGGAUCAUCAUCAUCAUUGAAAAGUUUUCAUACAGCAAAAGAUUAUGCAAAUCGACGAAAAAUUAAUCAAAAACGUGUUUAUAAAAAUAAUAAAUACGGUCAUGGUGGACAGAAAAAACGUCAAAAACGUAAUACAUCUGAAUCAGUUAAUAUUGGAGCUCGACGUGAUUUCAGUCAAUUAAAACAUCAAGCAACUCCAAAUAAAGCUAAACAAAUUCGUUCAAAUAAUCGUAAAUUAAAACAAAAACGUAAGAAAAUGACAAAAAGACGUGGUUAACAUGAGACCAUAGACUUUGUAUAUUUCUCACUUGUAAAAAUCAUAUAAAAUGAAUGUGUAUUCAAUCUGCUCUUUUGUCUUUUCGAAUGUUAAAAGCAUGAACUUCAGCGAACGGAUCUCUUUUCAAUGAAUUUAUUAUCAAGCUGUUAGUGUAUUAGUUCCGUAAGGACAUAUGAAUAAGGUAUGAACACCGAUUACCAGGACGCGCUAUGCUGACUAGUAUUGGGAAUGGUUAGAAGAAAGUUAGGG